AUGAUUCGUAUUUAGUAAUUACAGAGUCAAAUUGUGGAACCGGCUGGACUCAAGGGAUAGUAUUACGAAUAAAGACCAUAAAAUAAAUUGGAAUGGUUCAAGAAUAAUGGAUGGGGAUAUAAGGAUACAAAAUUUAUCUUAGAAUAAGAUGGAGCUGUAAGGUUGACAGGAAAUAAAUACAGAUUUUCAAAUUAGAGGAUGAUGAAAUUUAAGGACUGGGCCGAAGCUAAAGUUGGAAUUGACUUGAGUCUUAAUUGUGAAGCAUAAGCUGAAAUUCCCGCAAAUCCACCUAUCAUCAAUGAAUAAUUUAUGAAUGCAAUUCAAGGUUAGUUUAAUGAGAUUUCCUUUGAUAAUGGUCAAAGAAUAUUGCAUUCUCAUGGACAUACAAUGUAAGAGAUUUAUGAAUUAAGACAUGGUAAAUUAGCAAGAAUAGUGGAUUGUGUAGUCUUUAUAAAUUCUCAUGCCUAGGCAGAAUUGUUAGUGAAAUUAGCUGUAGAACACAAUGUAAUGUUGACAGUUUAUGGAGGAGGCACUAAUGUUACAUGGGCAUUGUAAUGUCCAAAAGAAGAAAGAAGAAUGAUUGUUUCUGUUGAUACUUCAAGGAUGAAUCACGUAAGAUGGGUAGACCGAAAGAAUAUGACAGCUUUGGUUGAAACUGGAGUUACAGGAAAGGAUUUAGAGAAGGAACUAUCAAGAUAUGGAGUAGUAUGUGGACAUGAACCUGAUUCAGUAGAAUUUUCAACUCUUGGAGGUUGGAUUAGUACAAGAGCUUCAGGAAUGAAAAAGAAUCGUUAUGGAAACAUAGAGGACAUCAUUCUGUCUGUUAAAGUGGUUACUCCUACUGGAACUUUGUCUUAGAGUUUAGAUUAUCCAAGAGUCAGCAGUGGUCCAGAUCUCAACUAGAUUGUUUUGGGAUCUGAGGGUACUAUUGGUAUCAUCACUGAAGCUGUUAUCAAAAUUAAGGCAUAACCUGAAGUUUGUAAAUAUGAAUCUAUUCUAUUCCAUAACUUUGCUUUGGGAACUGAAUUUAUGUACAAAUUAUCAAGGAGCAAAGUUUGGCCAGCUUCAGUAAGAUUGGUUGAUAACAAUCAAUUUUAAUUUGGAAUGGCUUUGAAAACUAUGCCUCAUAGUAAGAGAGAGGAAUUUAUGGAUAAGGUCAAAAAGUAUUUCAUCACAUAAUUCAUGCAAUACGAUCCAGAUUAAAUGUGUUUAGUAACUGUCGUGUUUGAGGGAACUAAAUAAGAAGUGGAAUUCUAAGAGAAGAAAGUUUUUGAGUUGGCUAAGUCUUAUAAGGGAUUUAGAGCAGGAGCAGAAAAUGGAGAAAGAGGAUACUUCUUAACUUAUAUGAUUGCAUAUUUGAGAGAUUUUGCUAUGCAAUUUUAGUUUAUUGCAGAGUCUUUUGAGACAGCAGUAGGAUGGAAGAAUGUUCCUGCAGUGUGUGAAAAUAUUUAAAGAAGAAUAGUAGAGGAGUGUUCUAAAAGAGGAGUUGAGAAAGAACCAUUUGUUUCAUUUAGAAUUUCAUAAGUUUAUGACACAGGGGCAACUAUCUAUGUUUAUUUUGGAUUUGGCUAUAAAGGAAUAUCUGAUCCAGUUAAGUGCUAUUCUGAAAUCGAGGAUGCUGCAAGAGAGGAGAUUAUGAAAAAUGGAGGAUCCAUUUCUCAUCAUCAUGGUGUUGGCAAGCUCAGAAAAUAAUUUAUGUAAAAGCAAAUUGGAGAUACUGGAGUUGAAAUCUUAAAGAGAAUCAAGUAACAGAUUGAUCCUAAGAAUAUAUUUGGAAAUUAGAAUUUGAUAUGAAUCAUUUAUGAGAAUAAAAUUAUUUUAAACUAACAUUUAAAUGAAUUUAAUUCAA